UUUCAGCAGCUAGCUAACCUUUGGCGAAUCGACGCACACAGCUGACUAACAACAACCACAUCUAAAAUAUGUCAUUUUGAUCAAUUAUCUUUCGUAUGACAAGUCAUUUCGUCUACAUCCAGUAAUUUGCUAGUACAUUAUUUCGAUAGUUAAUAAUCAAUGCACACGCUUAUGUUUUCAGCUAGCUAGCUAGCUAGCUAGGUAACGUAAACUGUCUGUGUUAGCUAGCUAACUACGCGUUAGCCACUGAAGUUAGCUGACAACCGCUCAUACCAUCACCGAUUGACUGGAUAAUCGUCAACAUGGCAAAGCAUAAAACCUCUGAAAAAAAUAAUAUAAUCGAAGUUGAUGAAGUCAGAGAAGAUGGAGAGGAGAUGAAUCCUUUCUCCUUCAAAGAGUUCAUCCGCAGCAAAAACCAGUACCCAGAUAUGAAAGGGGAUCCAGAUGAGAAGAAUUACUCAACGCGAAAGAAGGCAUAUGGGAGCACAUUCCUGGCAGAGGGGGAAUAUACUGCCCCGAAGAGCUUCGAUCAAGACUUCCAGGGUCAGUUUUACAUGGACCACACACCGUUUCCUCAAUUUCUGGAAAAUGACACUAAGGAGGACUGGGCUGGGAGUUACCAGCCAUCAGCCAUCGAGGAGGCACAUGCGUUUGGACUGAGUGGCACUGCAGCAGCAGCAGACAGCAGCACAUACUCUGGUCAGUCCUCCCUGUGCACAGAGGAAGAGGAGACUUCAUCCUCCCUAUGGCAGGUGGAUGAAGAAUUCUCACCAGAGGCCCACCAGUCCAGACGGGCCCCAGUGAAUUAUGAGGGAGAUGACGAGACAUCAAUGGCAGAGCUCACCUACAAGACCAAGAAGAGUAGUACCGAGAAUGGCAAUAGGGAUCAACAAAAGCUGAGGGAGGAAAAUGCGCAGCUCAGGAAGCACAUUAAAGAUCUUGUGAAAAAGUCUGAGUAUGAUGAUCGAAGAAUUCGACACGUCACAGAUGAGUUGCACAAGAGACGAGUGCAGGAGGAGAAGGAGGCUCAGGCUUUAGAGACCAUGGUUCAUUCCGUCGAGCAGAACCUGCAGUUAAUGACCAAACGAGCAGUUAAGGCUGAAAACAUUGUAUCAAAACUCAAACAGGAGCUGCAUCAAUUACAGGGCCAAGUAGAGGGGUACCGGUAUGAGAAUGAGAGACUUCGAGCCGGAGAGACAGCUGCCUUAAAUACAAUGAAACAUAAUGCGCAAGUGGCCUCAGAGUACCUCAACAAAGCAGCACUCAAUGCAGAGACUUCCAUCAAGCAAUUACUUACAAGUGCAGAGAGUCUUUGUCUAGUAUCUCAACUGCUGCAGUCCAUCGACAACCUAUCUGAGAUUCACAAGGAAGGCUGAUGGAGUUUAAAGGACACUAGAGAUUGCAGAUCUAGUACCAUCCAGCAACAAGGAACUGGAAAGCAAUUAUGGUGUGUCACACAACACUCAAAUGAGAAUUUUAAGUUGUGGUGGGUGCACUGAUUUGUGACCCCCCCCCCCCAAAAAAUAGUGCACAUCUUUUUUACUUGUACAUCAUAAAAUGUUUAGUUUUAAAUCACUUUAACAGGCGAUUUGAAAACAAUAUAUACUAACAACAGAUGUAUUUACCACUGAGGCAAAUAUGACUCAAAUAUUGUGAUUAAUAAACAUGUGACUAGACAUCC